AUGGAACAAUUAAAUUCAAAUUUUAAUGAAAUGAAUGAAGUAAAAUUAAAAAUGGCUCUAAGUUUUAUUUGUAAUAAAAGUAAACAACCACCUGCCAAAUUACAAGGUAUUUUUAGUACAUUUGGUAUUGACCAAAAUAAAGAAUUUUAUUAUAAUUAUUUAGACUAUAAAAAGAAUGUAAAUCAUAAAAAUAAUAAUAAAUUAAUUUCAAAAAAACAACAACAACAAUGUAAUCUUUUCCACCCUUAUUCAUCAAAUUCAAAAAAAAUCAAAAAUCAAAACCAUCAGAACUUAAGUGCAAUACAAUCACUCUCAAAUUUUAUUACCGAUAAUAUAAUUAUAAUAUAA